AUGAUGCCAAACAACACGAGCCGCUCUCCCGGCGGCGGCGGUGGCGGCGGCUGCCCGCCGGUCGGUAUCCACCUGGAGGGCCUGAUCCUGCCGCCCAUCAUCACCAUCGACGUGGUUCUGGGGCUGCUGGGAAACUCAGUCGCCCUGUGGAUCUUCUGCUUCCGCCUGAAAACCUGGAAUCCCAACAACUUGUUCCUCUUCAACCUGGUCAUCGCCGAUUUCCUGGUUCUCGUGAGUCUGCCGCUGAGAAUCGAUGCCUUGCUCAGGGGCUUCUGGGUGUUUGGAGACGGACUGUGCCGGAUCAACCUCUUCCUGAUGUUCUCCAACCGCUCGGCCAGCAUCGGCCUCAUGACCGUGGUGGCCGUCUACCGCUACUUUAAGGUCGUCCAUCCUCAUCAUCGCUUCAACCGCAUGACCAAGAGGCAGGCCGGCUACGUGGCGGCGUUCCUCUGGCUGCUGGUGAUCGGUCCCCGGGUUCCCAUGCUGGCCUACAGCCACAUCAAGGGCAGCGGCAACAAAACCCAGUGCUUCUUCUUCACCUCCUACAAAGAAGCGUCGCGAGCCAUCAUCAUCUUGGUCGGGAUGCACCGGAUCCUGUCGGUGCUGGAGUUUUUCAUCCCGCUGGCCUUGCUGCUGUUCUGCUCUGGCCGGAUCUCCUGCAUCCUGCGGCGCCGGCAGAUGGGCCAGGCCCACAAGGUGCGCCGGGCCAUGCGGGUGUGCGCCGUGAUCGUCGCCGUGUUCGUGCUGUGUUUCUUACCCGGGACGCUGACCACCAUCGGGCUGUGGGUCAUCCGCUCGUUCCGGCCGUGGGACUGCCCCUCGUUCUACACCUUCACCCAGCUCACCGUGGUGUCGUUCGGCCUGAACUUCCUGAACUCGGCCCUGGACCCCAUCAUCUACUGCUUCUCCAGCUCCAUGUUCAGGAAGGCGCUCUGCAGCUCGCUGCCCGCCGCCCUGCGCUGCGGUGAGGGGGCGAGCGGCGACGAGACGGCCACGUCCUCGUCAGGAACUCAGUCGACCACACAGCAGGAACUGAAAUCCAUGAGGACGGACAGAGGCAGCGAGGCGGCGUAA